AUGGACUCCUCAUCUCUGACAACUCCUGGUAAUACGCCAUGCACCGCCCCUUCCGCCCCUGGAGAAAGUAUACCUGCAUGGUUAUACCGACGAGCCCUGUUUCUGCUGGACAGAGACUGGAACGCUAGCUCCACAGGCAGUCAUCGCCGUAUACGAGAUGUCCUCGCAACGCAAACAGGAAUUCGUGUCCCUGAUGCUCUCAUGGAAGCCAUCGUGGUGCAUUUCGCCACCCUUGGCCGACGUAUCAUUCUUCAAAUCAGGGCUUUCUCGGAAGCAGAAAUGGCUCCUGCGCCUGGGGACCUGGUGUGCCAGAUCCAGCCUGUCCAGCCUGUUCGUGCACAGACAACAACGAAUGCAGCAAAUACGACAGGCAGACUGCAGGGUAAGACUAUCCGCGAGCUCGGAAACGCCUUGCUUAACAACAUACCAAACACAUUACCAGCGCAAGUUUCGGCAGCAUCUGCAAAAGCGAAAUCAGCGGCCAAAGCGUCAGAUCCUGCGACUUCGCAAAAUACUUCCGUCGUGGGAGAGAAGAGAAAACGAUCCCAAGAGUCCCGAGAACAAGCAGAAGUCGACCGACCAGCGAAACGGGUGGAGCGCGAAAAUGAAGUUGCCCAGUCUGAAACGGAAGAUAAUGCUGGAGGAGCUGAGGUGGGUGAGCCCACUGCACCUGCGGAUGACACGCCUCGCUACAGUCCGAGAACACUGGAGGCUGCGGAAACCCUGCUCAGUAUUAGCAACGAAGUACAAGGACCACAUUCCGAGGAACAAGGUGAGCCUCGCCACAGUCCCAGGACACUGGAGGCUGCGGAAACCCUGCUCUGUCUGCGUAACCAAGUGCUAGGACCACAUUCAGAGGAGCAAGGUGAGGAUGCUAAUGCCCAUGUUGAGCCGACGGACGUUCCAUCGGGGCCAGAAGGCGAGGAAGCCUCUGCAGAAGACAAAGAGCGGUUGAUCAAACGUCGUCUGCAGCUUAUGCUAAAUGCGGCGCUACUCGCUGAAGGCAUUGGCCCAAUCGAAACAGAUACCACUGGAGAACGCGCGCGCCAGGACGUGAACUAUAUCGCCGAUCCGGCCGAUAGCACAUUAUACCGCACCGCCUCGGGCGGCGAACGUCGCGUGAUACGUCACCAGCCUCCCAGUCUACCCUCGUCGCCGACCAGGGCUGACAAGCAUCCAAACGAAAGCCAACCGGAGCUCGACCCUGGUAUGCACUAUUGGACCAGCGCGGAUGGCCUGAAAAACGACAUGAAGAAGUUUACGCCGGAUCCGCAUCAGCCGCCACCGCCGAAAAGGAAGUGGGACGAUGUGAUUGCUGCCGCGGAAAAGGCACAGGAGGACGCAGAGCGCGGUCCCAAGGCGCCCAACGGUAAGGCGACAGGUAAGCAGAGCCCUGGCAAAGAUACAAAGGGGAAGGAUAAAGCGGACGAGAGCGCGAGUGAUGAGCCCACGGGCCCACACGCAAAGCGCGCAAAGCGCACUCCUGGAGUAAGCCGUCGUCAUUUCACUGCAACCCCUAUGCGACAAACUAGAGCCGCAGCCGGGCGGCAAAGGGCGGCAGCAGCGGCGGCAACAGCAACAGCAGCAGCAGCAACAGCAACAGCGGCAGCAGCAGCAGCAGCAGCAGCGAGUGGGACUGACAAUAGCGGAGAAGACGAGGCGCCGCCGAAGAGACUGCGUCUGAGACUCAUCGUCCGGACGCCACCGCCAAACGCUGGUGACGGUUCGAACUAG